GUUUGUUUGUUUAUGCUGUAUGGUUAAUUAACCUAGCUAUCUAUCAAUAAAAGAGCGUCCUCGUGUCUAAUCUUUUAACUAUCCAGUGUUGCUUUUCAGUUAAAUACUAAAAAUGGCGUCUCGUGGAUUAUUAGAAACCAGUAGAUUGAAGCAUAAUCUUCAAGAUCAAUUAGACAGACUUAUGGCUCAGCUAACUGAUCUGGAGGAGUGCAAAAAUGAAUUAGAUAAUGAUGAAUAUGAAGAGACUAAAUCUGAAACUAUUGAGCAGCUGAAAGAGUUUAACAUAUCUCUGAGCAAAAUAAUAUCUGGUAAUAUGACUCUUGUUGAUCAACUUGGAAGCCUGCAGUUGGCAAUUCAAGCAGCUAUUAGCAAUGCUUUUCAAACUCCUGAAAUAAUUCAGCUUUUUGCUCGGAAACAACCUGAACAAUUAAGACAGAAGUUAGCAGAGUUAGAGCGGGAUGCAAAAAUAGGAAAAUUAUCCAAAGAUAUUGCAUAUCAACAAAAGAUUGAGAUACUUUUUGCUUUAAAAAAACUAGGAGAGGAUUUAAGUCCAGCAGAAAUGGAUUUUCUGCAGCAUCAUUCAACUGCUUCUAUGCGGGAAUUUGAGCGAGUCUCAAAUGAAGGAGUCCAAAUUCCGGUUUUCCCUUGUAGACACUUCUCACACUAUACAUGAGAAAAAGGGGUGCAGGCUCUGGUGAAGAGAAUGAUGAGUACGAGUGAAAAGGUCUUGGAAGCUGCUGCAAGUCAGUUGAAAAAAAUCUAGUUGUUAUUGCCCUGCAUUGUAAUUUUACAUAUGUUGUGAAUUUAUUUGAAUUUUAAACCUUUUUUUAUCAAUGUUUGAUGGCUUUUAUGUCAAUUAUUUAUAAAUUUCUAUGUGUAAUUUUGUCACAAAUAAAAUUU